AUGGUCAUUAUCACCGGAGCCAAUUCUCUAAUCUUUCGAAACAGCACGACACUAAAGGAUGAAGAAAUUAUGAGCGCCCUCACAUGCAAAGGAACCGAUCACGUUCGUGUAUUCAACAAAACGACAGUUCCAGUUAGAUUCCACUACUCAAAAUCGAAAAGGAUUGGCGAUUUUAUAGUAACUGGGCAGAGAGACGAGUAUACUUAUCUCCACCGAGCAGAUAUCGGUAAAAAUCAUAUUGGCGAUCACGGUUAUGACAACAUAGAGCUUGAUAUGCAUACCGUUAUGUUUGCUCAAGGACCAAGUUUUAAGAAACGAACCGUGCUUCCACCUUUUACCAAUGUGGAAUACAUGAAUUUGUGGACAAGUAAGUAGAU